AUGGCUAACUGUGUCUCAGACCUGAUUCAGUAUCGGGGAUUGUUUCAAAUGAUCUUAGUGCUGGGAAUUGGCGGAAGUUUCCCAUUUGGGUUCCAUAUUUCUGUGAUCAACUACCCUUCCCGGCACAUUAGGACGUUUAUCAAUGAAACCUGGAUAGAGCGAUAUGGCUAUCCCCUCCAUCACGAGACCAUCAAGUUGUUGUGGUCCUUCAUUGUGUCUGUUUAUGGUAUAGGAGGAGUGCUAGGGAGCCUAUCCUGUGGCUUUCUUAGUACAAGAUAUAGAAAAAAGAAGUGUCAGAUUGUCACUAACCUGAUCAUGCUAGUAGCUGCACUUUUCAUGGCCUUCUGUAAGAUGGCCAAGUCCUUUGAGAUGAUUCUGAUUGGGCGCUUCCUCUAUGGCAUUGGUGCAGGUUUCUCUCUCACUAUACAUCCUCAGUAUGUAGGAGAGAUUUCACCCAAGAAGCUGCGUGGAUUUUCAAACGCCACUCUCUCUGUAUUUCUUACACUAGGAAAAGUCUCAGGGCAGAUUUUUGGACUAAGAGAGCUCUUAGGAAAUGAAUCAUUGUGGCCAUUGUUGUUGGCUUCUACUGGACUCACAGCACUGAUUCAAUUGAUUAUGCUCCCAUUCUUCCCUGAUUCCCCAUCCUACCUUCUGAUACAGAAGGGUAAUGAGGAUGCCUUCAUGAAAGCCAUUAAGCAGCUCUGGGGUGAAGGAGAUCAUCAAGCAGAGAUUGAUGACAUAUUGAAGGAAAAGGCUGCAAUGAAAAGCACCAAAAACUUGCGCGUCCUGGAACUAUUUAAAGAACGAUCCUUGCGCUGGCAAUUGUACAUUUUGGUCACUGUCAUGACCACCUUGCAGCUUAGUGGCGUCAAUGCAAUCUAUUUCUACUCUUUUGAAGUGUUCCGUACAGCCAGGUUUGAAGAAGAUCUCAUCCCCUACGUAUCACUAGGAAUUGGGAUGUGUGAAUGCCUAUCAUCUAUAGUGUGUGAAUUGCAGUGGAGGCUCUGGGACGUAGAAGCCCUUCAAGAACACCUACUUUCUGCCUUAAUUUCUGGGAGUUCCCUUAUUGAGCGAUUUGGCAGGAGGAUGCUGUUGUGCGGAGGAUAUGUACUAAUGAUUUUCGUGUUAGCACUCCUCACGAUGACUCUCUCUCUGCAGCAUCAAUUCUUUUGGAUGCAUUACUUCAGCGUCGCUCUGAUCUUCUUGUUCGUUAUCUGCUAUGGAAUUGGACCAUCUGGAGCCACCGCAUCCAUAAUGACUGAAAUCUUCAGCCAGUCAUUCAGACCAUCAGCCUUUCUGAUUAAUGGAUGUAUCAGCUGGACGUGGCUCUUUGUCCUUGGAAUGAUUUUCCCCUACAUCGUGGAAAGCCUCGGACCUUUCUGCUUCCUUAUAUUUUUGGGGAGCCUUGUGUUCUCAACAAUCUUUACCUACCUGUUCCUCCCUGAGACAAAGGGGAAGUCAAUCAUGGAAAUUAAAGGAGAAUUUAAUAAGUUAAAUUUUGGAAAGAAACAAGCUGUGAACACAGAAAAUAAUUUAUCUAAGGAACACACCUUCUGCACCAAACUCUGACUGCUCAGAUGGGAAAUGUUAUGUAUUAGAAGGACGAG